UUACUGCCGGUUUCUAUCAUGUUAUGCAGCUCUACCUCCUAGUCCGAGAGGCUAGAGUACUCCGUACCUUGUUGUCCGGUACAAGGUGACUAACAAUAAACCUUGGAAAAUAAGCAUAAACCCUCCCACUAUUUUAGGGACUGAAAAUGAUUAGAGCUUCCAGAACCUUAUUUAACUCCUCACCUUCCUUCAUCGGUUGCAGAAGACCAACCUAUUAUUAUUCUGCAAACAAGCCUUCUUCUUUCACUAAUCGCCUCCAAAUUCGAUCAAUGGCUGACUCUGCCUUCAAGAAAAUCCAGAUUCAACGAGAGGACACUAGCUUUGAUGCAUAUGUUGUUGGGAAAGAAGAUGCUCCUGGGAUUGUUGUGCUUCAAGAAUGGUGGGGUGUAGAUUAUGAAGUCAAGAACCAUGCUAUUAAAAUUUCUCAACUGGAGCCUGGUUAUAAGGCACUUAUUCCAGACUUGUACCGUGGAAAGGUGGGUUUAGAUGCUGCUGAAGCUCAGCAUUUGAUGGAUGGUCUGGAUUGGGCAGGUGCUGUUAAGGAUAUUGAAGCUUCUGUCAACUGGCUCAAGGAAAAUGGCUCACAGAAGGUUGGAGUAACUGGAUACUGCAUGGGAGGUGCUCUUUCAAUUGCAAGCGCUGUAAAAGUACCUGGAAUUGAUGCUGUUGUUGGUUUCUACGGAAGUCCUUCACCACAGCUUGCUGAUGCUGCCCAGGCUAAAGCUCCCAUCCAAGCUCAUUUUGGGGAAUUGGAUAAUAUUGCUGGUUUUUCAGACGUGGCAGCUGCCAAAAGUUUGGACGAAAAGUUGAAGUCAUGCGGUGUGGCAAAUGAGGUUCACAUCUACCCAGGGAGUGGACAUGCUUUCAUGAACAUGUCUCCAGAAGGAAUAGAGAGGAGGAAGGUCAUGGGAAUGAAUGAUGUAAAUGAAGCUAAUGUUGAGCUUGCAUGGUCUCGAUUCCAGUCAUGGAUGGCUCGUUACUUGUCCUAAGCUAGCCAAAUCUGUAGUCACCUUUGAAACUUGGCUUUGUGUUCACUCUGUCAAAUAAUGUCCAUGUAUCUUGUGGCUUCCUAUUAAAUCCUACACCCUACAUAUUACAUUCAGGAUUAUGCCUUGCCUUACGCAACAAAUAUUGUGUAUUUGUGUAAUAAGUUAUGCUCAUAGCAACACACUUAUGGUGCAUCCGUUUUGAGUGUGUGCAAGCUUUACAAAUCAUGGUGUAUCCGUACAUGAAUGUGAUUCAGUCAACAUACUUCUAAUCUUA